AGAAGAUUGUUGCAGAAUAAUGGCGGAUCUUAAGGAAACGUCGUGUAGGCUUUGCUUUAAACCUGUAACCGAUGAAAGUUUCGAAGUGAUAAACAACAUUAUCAGGGACAUUCUAGAUGUUCUUUUGCUGAAAUUGAAAUUUGAUAGCGAGAGCAAAGAGGUUAUAUGUAACGUUUGCAGAAGAAAGUUAAAUGCGGCGUUAGAAUUUAAGUCGACGUGUUUGAAUACCGAUAAGACAAUUAUUCCUUAUGUGGAUAGCGAACAAAUGUUACAGCCCGACUUAAGAGAAGUGUAUGUACAGGAAAAGAAAAUUGAAUUGGUUCGCAGUCAGAAAAUAUGUCGAUUGUGUAUGCAGCCAGUAGAAAGUGAAUUUAGGUGCAUACGUGAAGAGGAACUUGAAGCUAUUAAAAAAUUGAUACCUGAAAUGAAUAUAAAUAUCAUCAAAGGUCCCGUUGUAUGUAAGCCAUGCUGGGAUUCUCUAUGUACUCACAACAGUUUCCUGAAAGAUUGCUCAGAGGUAGAGGAAAAAAUUAAAAGUAUUUUUGAUAGUUCAGCCACAGGAAGUCAAAUAAAUACGUGUCCACUUGAUUUAUAUGUUAAGACUGAAAACCUGGACAAGGAAUUCGAUAUUAACGAGAUGGAAAUGUCGAUUAAAGCUGAAUGUGUUGACAUAAAAUCGGAAGAUGAGGAAAGAAGCGACACACCACUUCAGAUCUCCAAUAUUGUACCAUUUGAGGAGAGUGACUGUAAAAAUGAAGAAGAGGAUGGAUGUAAACAUGAGAAUGGAUCAGAAGUGAAAAACAGACAAGAAAGCAAAGUAUUGUACAAAUGUGAUAAAUGUAUCUACGAAACUGAAAGUGAAAUCCGUUUUACGGCACACUGUGCGAGGCAUGAGAAGGAUUUGGAAACAUAUAAGUGUGAAUCGUGUAUACGAUAUUUGGGUAAAGAGGAUUGGUAAUCAUACACUGAAGUCUUGAUCCUCAAAUUGCUUAUAGGAGAUACAGAGUAUGCGAUAAGCAGUGAAUUUUGUCGAACUCCUGGGGAGAAAAAGUUAAAAUAUGGAAGUUUGUCCAUAUUAUUUUUGCCAGAUUUUCAUGAAAGUCCGACACAGGAAAAUUCGCUUUAUAAAUAUGGAAGUUGUGAAACAGAAACUCAUUUGGAAGUACCAGAUCCUAUUCCAAGCACUUCUACUGAAUGCAAUACACCCAAUAUAUAUUCUGAAGUUCAAAUCACAUUAAGGCAGCCAGGUGAAGAAGAGGAUAAUCCAUUUAUUUCAAUACCAGGUACUUCAAGGGAUUGUAUAACCCCAACCGAACAGGUAUAGUUAGUGCGGUAGACUCAAUUACUGAAACUUCAUUAAGAUAUAAAGGUGCUUACUUUAUUUUAAAUAGUAUGUGUAAAUAUUUGUAUUAGACAUGUUUCUAUUAGUAAAAGUGUAGUUUAAACAAAUUUAACAUUUCUUGAAUUUCAAUUUGAAUAUUAAGUUUAUUUUCAAUAAAAGAACACGGCCUAUAACCUUGUGUGUUUGUGUGGUCUAGCUUGUAAAGUAUUUUAAUUUAUAUAUUUUAUAGUAUAAUAUAACUUGCAAUAUGUCAGCGUAUU